CUGACCCGCAGCACUGACUUUGGGGGAAGUGAAACCGUCAAUGUCACAGGAUCCUGGAUCAGCCAUUCGCCGUCGAUCCCUACCUCCACCGCAACAACAUCCACUGAUAACAACAGCCACCGGCCACACGAGCACCGCGUCCUCCUGAUUGAAGUCCGGAGCUCAGCAGCGUUGCGUCGUUCUCAGGCACCAUGAACUCUCUCCCGGGCCGGGCAGCGAUGUCCCUGUGCAGGCGCACGGCAGCGGGCGGACUGAGGCCCCUGGUGGGCUCCCCAGGUCACCCCCCCGCCGGGACCCUGCCGUCGGUCGGGGCUGCCUUCUUCCAGGCGGUGCGGGUCUGCCACUCCGGGAAGAACCGCAAGCCCAGCGUGAGCACCAAGAAGCGGGGCUACGACAUCACCAGGAACCCACACCUCAACAAGGGAAUGGCAUUUACCCUGGAGGAGCGCCUACAACUGGGCAUCCAUGGCCUGCUGCCCCCUUGCUUCCUCUCCCAGGACGUGCAAGUCCUGCGUGUCAUGAAGAGCUACGAAACGCGCACCAAUCCCCUGGACAAGUACAUCCUGUUGAUGACGCUGCAGGACAGGAACGAGAAGCUGUUCUACCGCUUGUUGACGUCCGACAUCGAGGAGUUCAUGCCCAUCGUGUACACUCCCACCGUCGGCUUGGCCUGUCAGCAGUACGGCCUCGCCUUCAGGAGACCGCGAGGACUCUUUAUCACCAUCCACGACAGAGGCCACAUCGCCACCAUGCUCAACUCCUGGCCAGAGGAAGACAUUAAGGCCAUUGUAGUGACAGACGGGGAGCGAAUCCUCGGCCUGGGUGACCUGGGCGGCUACGGGAUGGGCAUUCCUGUCGGGAAACUGGCGCUCUACACAGCAUGCGGCGGUGUCCGGCCGCAGCAGUGUCUCCCAGUCCUGCUGGACGUCGGCACCGACAACCAGACGCUGCUCGAUGACCCACUGUACAUCGGACUGAAGCACAAGAGAAUCCGAGGAAAGGAGUACGACGACCUGAUCGAUGAGUUCAUGCAGGCGGUGACGGACAAGUACGGGAUGAACUGUCUGAUUCAGUUUGAGGACUUCGCCAACACCAACGCCUUCCGCAUCCUCAACAAAUACAGGCAUCGAUACUGCACCUUCAACGACGACAUCCAAGGCACGGCGUCAGUAGCUGUUGCCGGGAUCUUGGCUGCUUUGAAGAUCACCAAGAACAAACUGUUGGACCACACGUUUGUUUUCCAGGGAGCAGGCGAGGCCGCUCUGGGCAUCGCUCACCUGCUUAUAAUGGCCAUGGCCAAAGAGGGCGUAACAAGAGAAGAGGCUGCCAAGAGGAUUUGGAUGGUGGACUCCAAAGGUCUCAUCGUGAAGGGUAGAGGCAAUCUGAACCACGAGAAGGAGGAGUUUGCCCACGACUACCCGCACCUGAAGACCCUGGAGGAGGUUGUGCACACAAUCAAACCCUCCGCCAUCAUCGGCGUGGCUGCUAUCGGAGGAGCGUUUACAGAGAAGAUCAUCACAGACAUGGCGUCCUUCAACGAGAGGCCCAUCAUCUUUGCACUGAGUAAUCCAACCAGCAAGGCAGAGUGCACUGCGGAGCAGUGCUACAAUCUCACAGAGGGUCGGGGCAUCUUCGCUAGUGGAAGUCCGUUCGACAAGGUGACGCUGGCCGACGGACGCACCUUCUACCCGGGGCAAGGAAACAACGCCUACGUCUUCCCCGGAGUGGCUCUGGGUGUUAUAGCCUGCAGGGUGCGCCACAUCUCUGACGACGUCUUCCUCACCACAGCAGAGGCAAUAGCUGACAUGGUAACAGAGGAGCACCUGGCCGAGGGAAGACUUUUUCCUCCUCUGAGCACCAUACGAGAGGUGUCCUUCAAGAUAGCAGUCAAGAUUGUCAACUAUGCCUACAAGCACAACAUUGCUUCGAUUUACCCCGAGCCCAAAGACAAGGAGGCGUUUGUGCUCUCUCACAUCUACAGUCCCGAUUACGACUCGUUCUCUCUGGACACGUACAGCUGGCCGCAGGACGCCAUGAACGUUCAGGACGUGUGAUUCCGUCCAACUUCUUCUCUUUGUCUAAACUCUAAUAUUGUGCCUGGCGUCGUCACGUGCAAUUUCUGCAUCGCCCCCAAACAUACGUUGCAAUUUAUUCGCACCUUUAAAAAAGAAAUUUGUUUGUGUUUUUUUAUUGUUUCCAUAGUGCUCGUUAUUACGUUGAUGCUGAAGUGCAAAUCAAAGUGCAAAAUGUUUUGUUAUCUGCCAUUGUGUUUUUCCGUGUGAUUUGCACUUCAGGGCCGCCGUACAUUAUGGAUUAGAAGUCCCUCAAACGCUGUAUAAUACUGAAAAAAUUUAUGUCACAUGCUAUAUUUUUUGCUUCAUCGGUUCUCUGAAAGUCUGACGGAGAAAAAGAUUUGAUAUCUUUACAUGCAGCAUGUCAAAUAUCAGAAGCAUCUCCUCUGUGACUCUACAACUUAAACUACACUUCUGUCGCUACAUUUUUUUCCAGCUAAGAUGUUAUAGUAGUCAAUUUGUGUGCAGUGACUAAAAAAUGUGUUUUUGACAGAGGAAUCUGAGCUGGUGCCCGAGAAACAAAGCUGAGGUUCACAAUAACGCACAAUGCUGUCUUGUCUUGUCUCGACUCCGACGACCCAGAGGACUCGUUCUGAAGCUUAGUUCCGAAAUGAAUCCAGCAGUGCCUCUUUCUGUUACCUCAGGCAUCACUGCUCCACAUUAUCAAUAAAAAACCUCUGUAUUUUAUUUCGGUGGGUUACAAAGAUCUGGUUCAACCCCUGCAGCUGCUGUCUUUGAUAUUUUACACUUCGCUCAAUGUGCGCACAUGUUUAAACCUGCACACAGCAGUGGGCAGAAAAACACUCCAGGCAUCACUGUUUCUAUGUGUUCAGAGGAGGCAUUGUCAGGGACUGAGUGUGACCAUCGGGAUGGGGUUUUUGUGUGUGUGUGUGUUAUCAGUUAGUUUUGUACGGCGCUCUGCCUGUUGUUGUGUUUUUGGCCAAAGUUUCAGAUGAAAUGUAUCUUAUCUUAUACUCCGAUGAUAAUAUGAUGCCCAGCAAGCUUUAGUACUGAGAGACCCGCUUCAAGUUUUCGAAGGGAAAAUGAAACUUUUUCAAUAAAAGUGUUGUCGCAA